AAUUAAGUAUUAACAUAUAUAUACAAAUUUACCAAUCCACCCCUCUUCUCUACCUUAUUACACCCUCCUCCCCCGCUCGUCGCCGCCGCUGCCAUCUCGCCUGAACCCUAGAAAAACCCUAAUUCCCGCCAUUGCUACCGAUAUUAUGAUAUGCUCGUCCAAGCCUCCUCUCUCUCCCUCCUCCCCCCUAGUCUCUCCUCCUCAACGAAACCCCUCUCUCUCCUCUUCGAACCCAACUCCCAAUCCCUCGCCGUAACCCUAACCAACUCGUCGAUCCUCCUCUUCGCCUCCUUCUCCCCUUCCUCCCCCUCACCGCCUCUCUCGAUCCCUCAAAUCUCGACCUCCGCCUGCUUCGUGCUCCUGAACCCUAACCCUAGCCCUGGUUCCAGCCGCCCCCUCUUCGUCUCCGCCUCCCCAUCCCCAUCCUCGUCUUCCACUCUGCUCCGCGCCUGGAUCCGCCGGUCAAAAUCUGAUCUUUUCGCUCCUGCAUCUCUCAGCUUCAAGAAGCGGACUGGGAGGAGAUCGAACGAGGUCGAUCUCGGCCUAAGGCAUGGGAUUGGUGUUAGGGUUGCGGGUUCGGUCAAUGUGCUGGUGGUGCAUUCCGUUGCGGAGAGCCAGAUCUGGGUUUUGGGUGUGAGGGUGGUUGGUGGUGAGGGAGGUGAGAGGGUGGAGCUGGAGAAAUGCGCCGUGGUAGAGUGUACGAGGCCGAUUUAUGAAAUUAGGGUUUCGAUGGGAGUUUUGGCGCUCGGGGAAGUGGGCGGGGUGAGGGUGUUUCCGUUGAGGCCGAUGGUGAAGGGAGAGCAAGGGUUGAAGAAGAAGAGGAGGGAUUUGAGCGGAGCUGGUGAGCCGCAGAAUCGCGGUAAGCUCAGAACUCUGAAGCUUAGGCAGGAUUCAGGCAAUUUCAGCUCAUUUUUUGUGAUGACAAGUGCCGUGGCCCAAGAUUCGGAAUGCAGUACAGGACUUCAGGCUUCACUGAAAGCUAUUGCCAUUCGUAUUUUGUCCCAGAAGAAAUUUCUAAUUUUGGACUCAGUUGGAAAUAUUUACCUGUUGAGCUUGCGGAACGUGUUAGCGUUGGAAACCAUCAGUAGUUCUUCAACAAUAUCCACAGCUGAUCAACUAAACCAUUUGGACGUCACCAUGAAUGUGCAACUGUUGGCUGUUCUUCCUGACAUAUCUGCAAAAAUUCAGGUGUUUUGGUUAUCAGAUGGAGCUCAUACAAUACAUGUCAUGUCCAUGGCAGACGUGGAUCAUUCUGUCAAGGAGGCUGAUGAAAAUGGAAACAAGGAAAAGGAAAUGAAGAUUACAGCUAUUCGAGUAAUCUUUACAAGCGAGAAGGUUCAGGACAUUGUUCCACUUUCUGCAAAUGCAAUUAUGGUACUUGGUCAAGGAAGCAUAUUUUCAUAUUCUAUUGCCUGAAGGUAACAGUUGGGUAGCAUCUUGUGUGAUGGAGUGCUUCGAAUUUAAAGUUUGCUUGCACCCAUUUGGUUGCUGUUUUGAACAAAUUAUAGGGAAGACAGGUUUUUUGCUGCAGUACUGUCAGUUUGGAGGUUCUUUUAGCUAACCUGUCAUUGAAAUCAUGAACGACGUUAAUCUUCAUCUUUCACUAAUCAUCUUGCUCAUGACUUCAAAGAGGAUCCAUGAAAGCUCACUGAGCAGUGCAGUCAAUUAUGCCAUGGAAUUCAAGCACCUAGUUUUGUUCGACUUUUCCUUAAUUUUGAGGGUGCCUGCGAAGAGGAGGUUCAUCUACUGAAGAAUUGGCUGGGUUUGAAGGCCAAGGCAUUUGUUCGUUCUAUCCAUCCUCUAAAUGCUACAGAUAGGUUUCAUAUUGUGAGGCAGAGCUUUCAGAAGUUCCGGGCCAAGGGCAGCUCUCAAUCCGAGAUGCCCACGGACGCUCCUAAUAAACUAAAUUCAUGCUGCUUUAAAUUUAUUUGGCUGAACUAUUUUAUUUGUGGUUUAUGCUUUUCUUGAUCUUUUGAAUCAAAGGGGAUGGGUUAAUUGUGCUUGUGUGGGAUUCAUGUGCCUAAUUAAGCAUAUGUUCAAUCAGAUAUGCUAGAUGAGAAAGUUUAGACGUAUAUUAUUUGCCUACUUUGGUGAUAGGAAUCUGAGGUCUAUAAACCGCAGUUUGCUCGGA